GAAAAGUCGAGAUACGUCGUCGUGAACGCGAGGAUGGUGCAUACUUCGAAGUCAUCGCGACGGUUCGCAACCCUCGGCAAGCCUUGGGGGAGAAGGGAUGCGAGAUCAAGCGAGUGCAACACAAGUUGGAGCUCACGUUUGGGUUCCCUUCAGGCUCCGUGAACAUGUUCGUGGAGCGUGAAGACAGGUGGAGGGACAUGUCUUACGAGGAAGUUAUGGACAGAAUGGCGCAGAAGGGGAAGAAAGGUCGCGGAAGAGGGAAGGUCAAGGGCAAGGAGGAGGAUGACAGCGACGGGUCAGGCUCUAGCGGAGGAAAGGACAAAGGCGGCAACGAGAGAGUGCAGGGCAGGGACGAGGAUCCGAUGCCCUCGCGAGGCCUGAUUUCUGGAGACCCCAAGUUCUUGAUCCCUGGAGGUGACAGGCUCUUCACAGACGAGGAGCACCGAAAAUCCCUGGAUCGCCUUCUGGAGAUUCAAGUCGCCUGUCUAGCCGCUCGACUGACGGCGAAGGAAAGAGAGCUACCGCUGGUGGAGGAGCCUUUGAAACAGCAGUACCGAUAUGCCUUGCGCCUUUGGCGGGAGCUGUCUCUGAGGAGCCGAGGCUGA